CACCAGUUUCAGGCAAAAGGGCUGUGGUACUAGUUUAGGAAAUACUUUGUUAGGGUGGUGCUUAUAAAAUACCCAGGGGUCCUGUAAUUGAUCAAUUUCCCCCCGAGGUUUUCUCUCCCAUACUGUACUGGCUGGGCAGCAGUAAGCUCUGAUUUUCCUGUUGCCUUGUGAGUGACCCCCCUACAGGAAGAUAACGGAGAAGCCGAGAGGGAGGAGCAGUUAAGCUACACAUGUCUGGCUGCUCUUAUCAACUUAUCAUAUAAGGAAAGGAAAGUGAUUGAUUCACAUACGGACACUGUAGAAUUUGCUCCAAAGAGAAACAGAAGAAACACCAAAGCUUACUUGUAAAGCUAAGCCAGAACACACAAUUGGGGUAGGACUGUUCUCCCUGCUGGCAUCUAACCGUUUACUGGAGGACUGGAAAGAAAGCAGCAUUUUGUUGUUUUGUUUUGCUUUUAAAUCAAAUUUGCUACUAGAAAAGGUGGGUGAGGGCAGGAACUCAUUGACUGUCAAGAGUGUACUUUACACAUGACAGCAUAGCACAGCAUUUCAGAGGACAAAUGAAUGAUCUGGACUCUUAAGUGCACUGAAGUUUGCUAAGUUGGCUGCAUUCUCCCCGAAGGAAAGUAUGUGGCUGAUUGUUUUCUUUACUUUGAGCUAUGAUCUUGUCUUGGCGUCAGCUUACAACAAUUUUCGGAAAAGCCUGGACACCAUAGGGAAGAAGCAGUAUCAGGUUCAGCAUGGAUCAUGCAGUUACACCUUCCUAUUGCCGGAGAUGGACAAUUGCCGCUCUACUUCUAGUUCCUAUGUGUCUAAUGCAGUGCAAAGGGAUGCCCCGCUGGAUUAUGAUGACUCUGUGCAGAGGCUACAAGUACUUGAAAACAUCAUGGAAAAUAACACUCAGUGGCUUAUGAAGCUUGAGAAUUAUAUCCAGGAUAAUAUGAAGAAAGAAAUGGUAGAGAUACAACAGAAUGCUGUACAGAAUCAGACUGCAGUAAUGAUUGAAAUAGGAACAAACCUAUUAAAUCAAACAGCUGAGCAGACUCGAAAACUAACAGAUGUUGAAGCCCAAGUACUGAAUCAGACAACCCGACUUGAACUUCAGCUUUUGGAACAUUCCCUUUCCACAAAUAAACUGGAAAAACAGAUCUUAGAUCAGACCAGCGAAAUAACCAAACUUCAAGACAAAAACAGUUUCCUAGAAAAAAAAGUACUUGAUAUGGAAGACAAGCAUACAGUUCAGCUGCAAUCAAUAAAAGAUGAAAAAGACCAGCUUCAAGUGUUAGUAUCCAGACAAAAUUCCAUAAUUGAGGAACUGGAAAAACAGUUAGUGACAGCCACGGCAAACAAUUCAGUUCUUCAAAAGCAGCAACAUGAUCUGAUGGAGACAGUCCACAGCUUGCUAACUAUGAUAACAGCACCAAACUCCAAGAACUCCUUUGUGGCUAAAGAGGAGCAAAUCAUUUUUAGAGACUGUGCUGAGGCUUUCCGAGCAGGCCUUACCACUAAUGGAAUCUAUACAUUAACUUUUCCUAAUUCCACUGAUGAGGUCAAGGCAUAUUGUGACAUGGAAACAAAUGGAGGUGGAUGGACAGUUAUUCAGAGGCGAGAAGAUGGCAGCACUGAUUUUCAGCGAACUUGGAAAGAAUAUAAAAUGGGAUUUGGUGAUCCUGCUGGAGAAUACUGGCUAGGAAAUGAGCUUGUUUCCCAAUUGACUAAUCAACAACGCUAUGUUCUUAAAAUACAUCUUAAAGACUGGGAAGGAAAUGAGGCAUAUUCAUUAUAUGAACAUUUCUAUCUUUCAAGUGAAGAACUCAACUAUAGGAUUCACCUUAAAGGACUUACUGGGACAGCAGGCAAAAUAAGCAGCAUAAGCCAACCAGGAAAUGAUUUUAGCACAAAGGAUGCAGACAAUGACAAAUGUAUUUGCAAAUGUUCACAAAUGCUAACAGGAGGUUGGUGGUUUGAUGCCUGUGGUCCUUCCAACUUAAAUGGAAUGUACUACCCACAGAAGCAGAACACAAACAAGUUUAAUGGCAUUAAGUGGUACUACUGGAAAGGAUCAGGGUACUCUCUCAAAGCUACAACUAUGAUGAUUCGACCAGCAGAUUUCUGAUUUUUUUGACUUUGUCUGUGACUGGCAUCUUGUGAGACUUCAUUUGCCAAGCAUUUAAACACACAGCUGCAUCAUAUCUUUUCUUCCACCUCAGAAAAUAUGCAUUUGUGCGUCAAAGGAUCGUGUUCUGAACCUCAACACUGUAAUAUUCAUCACUUUAACCUAUAUUUUUUGACUAGUCAACACAAGAUCUACAAUAUGAAAUAAAUGGAAUGAAAAUGAUCUAUUAGAAAGACUGUCGAAAAUAAAUUUAUGUUCAAGAGAUAUUCUAAUAACAUAAGGACUCUUCUCACAAUCAUUGGUGUUAUGUGUGAGUUUAUCAAGUAAAUAACUGGAACUGUGCAAUAUUCAUAAAUAACAGCAUCACUAACUUUAAACAUAAUGCUUUGUUACAGUAUUCAAUUUCAUAAACGUGAAAUCCAGAUUAUUUUGUUUUAUGCAGUUUGUAGAUUGUGUAAAUAUCCAUAGUUUCUUAAUUUUGCAUCCUAGUAUUAAAAAGAUAAAAACUGUACUUUGUAAAAUCCACCAAAAGCCCUUAAAACAUGUAUCCAGGGAUUUCCUCAGAGUCAAAUAGAAGAUGACUUAAUUAAUACAUGGGGAAGAAGAAAAUAAAAUCUACAUUUUUACUCUUCCAUUUAGGAGCUUUGAAUUUUAUCACAGAAAAACAGCAUAUUUACACAUGAGUUGUUGACUGCUUAAUUUCAUACACAUUUAGAUUUCAUACUUCUUGGUCUUAUAUUUAAAAUUUAGAUCUUUGAUAUUUUUAUUGUGGUCUUUUCAUUGCAAUUUAUAUGAAGAGUAAACUAUUUUUCUUACCAUCUAAAAUAAAAUAAAACAAAAAUAAAGUGAUCUCAAAUAUCACUCAUCAAAUGAGAUAAUUGUUUUACUUUAAAUUUCUUAAAAAUUUACUUAGGAUCAUUAAACUUUGUAUGAUUGUGAAAUUCAGCUAUAUGAUUAUGACUCAAACCAAGAAAAAAUGGCUUUUGAGAGAGAAGAAAACGAUACAUGUCAUUUCAUGAAUAAGAAAUUUGGGGCAGGAUGUUUAUUUCUGUCCCCCCAUCCUUUGCCCCCAUCAUCUAAUGAGAUACUCUUCAGAGAGAGAAUAGCAUUUAAUUUGUGGUUUACAAACAGCUUCCAUUUAAAACCUUUUUUUUCAAGGCUUCAAAUUCAAUCAAAAGCACUUAUGGUACUAUAAUUUCACAGUGAUUUUACCCACCAAAUUUUCUUCUUAACUGAAGAAAAUAAUCAAUAAAGAUAAUAAGAUUUUAUUUUCAUUUGUCCUCUAACCAUGAAAAAUAUUUAAGAUCCAAAACAGUUCCUAUAUAUUUUAUAAGUACAAUUUUGUUCUUCUAACUCCAGUUAUAAAUUCCUGAAAUUUCUUUCAUAGACAGACCAGUUGACUCACAGAUAAUUUCUACAUAUUCUAAAGUGAUUUUGGAAAGCUGACUUGGAUCCUUAUACUGCUACUAAGCCUCAAUUUAUGAAACUAUCCCUUAAACUUAGAAGUUCAAAAUCAAAUCAUGGAUUUUGUUUUCCCUUCACAUAUUACUAUACUUAAGAAAAUAUGGUGGCCAAGCAGCCAAAGAAUCUUAGAAGUUUUUAAUAUGAAUUUACUAGUAAGUUUAUGAUGAAAAGGUCAUCAUAGGUAUUAUAUUAAAAGAAAAGCAUUUGGUAAGAGAAAAAAUAUUUAAAGGACUACAAUUAACCUAUAGUAUAGUUCUGAAUCAAGUGUAGUGAAUAGUAUGACCGGCAGUGGGUAAGAAAAAGAUAUGGGGAGGAGGGAUAGGGACGAGUGAAAGGAAAAAAGACAAACUUGUUACUCAAUUGGAAUGGAAACUUUGCAAGAAAAUUCCUACAAUACUGUGGAUUUUAACUUACAAAACACAUAAGUUUAUUCAAGCUAUUACAGAUAUUCUAAUUAGGGGAGGGGGGGAAUUUAGUGAUAUUUUUCCUUUACACUUUAAUUCUGAAAACCUUAUUUUAAACAAAAGACAUACUCCUGCUGAAGGACAUUCCUAUUCU